GCCAAGGAGGAGGAAGAGGAGAAGAAGCUGCGAAUCGCCAUCGUCAGCUCGGACCGCUGUAAGCCCAAGAAGUGCAGGCAGGAGUGCAAGAAGUCUUGCCCUGUCGUGCGCACUGGCAAGCUGUGCAUCGAGGUGGGGAAGGACUCGAAGGUCGCCUUCAUCUCCGAGCCGCUCUGCAUCGGCUGCGGCAUUUGCAUCAAGAAGUGUCCUUUCGAGGCCAUUAACAUCAUCAAUUUGCCGCACAACCUCGCGAAGGACACCACCCACAGAUACGGCGCGAACACCUUCAAGCUGCACCGGCUGCCCACACCCCGUCCAGGCCAAGUGCUGGGGCUGGUCGGCACCAACGGCAUCGGCAAGUCCACCGCCCUGUCGAUCCUCAGCGGGAAGGUGAAGCCCAACCUCGGCCGGUUCGAAAACCCACCCGACUGGCAGGAGAUCCUGGCCCACUUCCGAGGCAGCGAGCUGCAGGGGUACAUCAAGGGCCUGCUGGAGGACAGAAUAAAGGCCAUGCUGAAGCCGCAGUACGUCGACCGCAUCCCGAAGCAGAUCGCGGGCCUGGUCGGCGAGAUCCUCGCGAAGAAGGACGAGAAGAAGCAGCUGGAGCACUUCUGCAAGGAGCUCGAGCUGAGCCACCUGACGGAGCGCAAUGUCAAGGACCUCUCGGGCGGCGAGCUGCAGCGCUUCGCGAUCGCCGUGCUGUGCCUCCAGAACGCGAACGUCUACAUGUUCGACGAGCCCUCGUCCUACCUGGACGUGCGCCAGCGCCUGCACGCCGCGUACAUCAUCCGCGAGCUGCAGACGGUCGAGAACUAUCUCAUAGUGGUGGAGCACGACCUGGCCGUGCUGGACUACCUGUCCGACUUCGUGUGCGUGCUGUGGGGCUCCCCUGGGGGCUACGGCGUCGUCACUAUGCCCUUCAGCGUCAGAGAAGGCAUCAACAUCUUCCUGGACGGUUUCGUGCCCACCGAGAACCUGCGCUUCAGAGACGUCUCCCUGACCUUCAAGGUCGCCGAGGAGGCCAGCGGCGCUGGGCCCCACCGAGCAGGGAGGGGGGGAGCUGCGACGCGCGUCCGAGCCCGGAGCGGCAGGGCCGGCUCCUCCUGGUCCUCCUCCUCCUCCUCCUCUUCCUCCUCCUCCUCCUCCUCCUCUUCCUACUCCCACUCCUCCUGCUCCUGCUCCUCCUCCUCCUCCUCGUCCUCGUCCUCCUCCUCCUCCUCCUCCUCCUCCUCCUCCUCCUCCUCCUCUGUCUACCUCCUCCUCAGUGAAGGCACUUGGAAGCUUAAAAUCGUUGGAGUCUUUUGA